GAAUGCGAAAAUUACUUUUGAUUACUGUAUUACAUUGUGGAUGCUCUUGAGGGUUUUAGGGCUCGAUUGAGAGAGAGAGAGAGAGGCGUUGAAGGAGCAGAAGACGAAGGCGACACGAUACAGAGAGAGUUUCCCCACCUGCGAUCGUAUCCGGCGACUCUCCGGUCAAAAGGAUGAUGAGAUGCUAGUGCCGCAUUCGGAUUUGGCCCCAAACGGUCCUAAACCCAUGGAAGAAGCUGCUAAUGCAGUGGAUACGCAUUCGGUUGAUGAUCUGCCAUCGGCACGGUUCACAUGGACAAUCGAAAAUUUUAUGAGGUUGAAUACUGAGAAGCUGUACUCUCAAAUUUUCCUUGUUGGAGGAUAUAAAUGGAGGGUGCUCGUGUUCCCAAAAGGGAAAAAAGUGGAACAUUUUUCGAUGUAUCUAGACGUUGCAGAUUCGGCUACUUUGCCAUAUGGGUGGAGUAGACACGCUCAAUUCAGCUUAGCUGUGAUCGAUCAACGUACUAACAAGUUCACAGUUAGGAAAGACACAGAACACAAGUUCGGUGCAGGAGUCAGUGAUUGGGGUUUCACUUAUAUCUUGCCUCUAGUGGAACUGAAUGAUCCCGUACGAGGUUUUCUGGUGAAUGAUACUGUCGUACUUGAAGCCGUUGUUACCAUCCUCAAUUCCCAUGACUCAAGAAUGGAGACUGGUUUUGAACCAAAAAAUAAAAAAGGGAAAAAGGAGACUGGUGACAAUGGCUCGGGAAAUGUAGAAGCUGACAUUGCUGGUACGACUUGUCCUGAAAGUACGCUAAGUGACGCAACAGCUACUGCAGGCAAAGUCAGGUUUUUGUCAUACUGGGUUUCUUCAGAGGCACUCCUGUUACUUGAAAAGAUCCACAGCCUUCACGAGGGCACUUAUGUCAAAUUCUCAAUGAAAGGUCAGGCUCUGCCAACUGUGCUACUUGAGUCGUUUGCUGCGUUGAUUGCGUCGAUGUCAUCCACUAAGGUGAAUGAAUUGAAUGAGGAAGCGUUGCAACUGGCUGCCAAUUCUACGGAGGACUUUGAGCAAGUAGGGUUGGACUUGAGGUGGCUGAAGCAGAGGCUAGAGGAAGCAAAGGUGGUGAAAAAGCACUCGGAGUCGAUCAACACUGUUGAGUCUUGUACGAGUGCUUUGGAAGUGGCUCGAGCCACUGUUGACUCUUGUACGAGUGCUUUGGAAGUGGCUCGUGCCAAGGUUCGUGAACUCGAAGAUGGGCUUGCCAGAGCCAAGUUAGAAGGAGAGGUGAUGUCCAGGGAACUGCCCAAAUCCUUGGGAGUGAAUGAUUCUGUACUUAAGGAUAUUGUGUAGAUAGCAGUUAUGAAGGAGCUUCAGUAUUAACAGACAUGAUGACAGUACUCCGGAGAUCGAAACUUAUGUUAUUAAUAUAUUACGGUGUGGGUGUCUUCACAAAUUGAAACGUUUGGCCGAUUGUGGGUUGAGUGUGAAUGCUUAAGCUAAGUCCUGCAUAUGACUUUUGGGUUUUUUCUUGUUUUGUCUUUAUUCAAUUUUUUUUCGUAAUU